AUUAACAGUAAUUCAAUCAAAUGACUCAUCGUUUUAUCAAGACAUGGUCGUUCGUGAAAACAAAGCCACUCGAAUGAUUCAAUUGCGUUUCGAUAACGAUAAUACUACGUUCAUGUGCUCACAUAAAAUAGAUUGAAAUGAAUCUAAAAUCAUGAAAUAUACUGAUUUAUCAUGGCUUAUAAUUUUCAUACUGUAUAUGGGAUGUUGGAUGACUGUUGGAAUUUACACAAUUUUAACAUCGGACAUUAGAUCGAUGCUUGCACCAAUUGACAGUCAAGGAAAAAAAUGUGGCAUAGAUGAAGAAACGCUAGACAAACCAUAUCUUGUAUUUUUUGAUGUGACAAAGUGCAAUGAAAAUUUUUGUAAUACCACAAAAAUUUGUCGUAAAAAAUGCCCAACAGAAAAUUGGGUUUUUGAAGAAAAUCAAUCACUUGAUAAUAUUCGUAAAAAUAUCAUGUGCAUAGAGGAUGUGUCUGAUAAAAGUUUAAUUGAAAUAAAAAAAUUAAUUGAGUUAAAUCAAUGUGCAUCAUGGCAUGUAAAUAGUGCACCAAUUGUUGGUAGAUGUUAUCCAAAAACCACAUUCAAUGAUAUUUUAACAAGUGAUGAUUUAAAUAAAGUUCAAACUUUUUUUAUUGAUCAUUUCACCGUGAGAGAACGAAUUAUAGAUAAAACAAUUUCCACAAAACAAAGUAUAUUAAUUUGGAUUGCUGGUAGUGCUAUGAUGAGUUUUAUUUUUAUACUUUUAUUAAGAUGGUUUGCAUUACCUUGCAUAAUAAUUAGUAUAACUUCAAUUAUUGGAGUGUCUUUAUAUUUGAGUAUUAUUUUUACCAAAAAUUACUUCAAGGCGAACUCAAUAUACUGGAUUAUUAAUGCAUUUUUGUUGGCUAUUUUUAUUGUGUAUAUUUCAGUUAAAUGCCGAUAUUCAUAUCAACGAAUAUAUUUGGUAUCUAAAAUUCUUCAGGAGGUCAGCAAAGCUAAUAUGACAGCUGCUCCAAUUUUACUUUUUCCAUUUUUAAUAUUUUCGAUUCAAUUUACUAUCACAGCUUAUACAAUGGAAGUCGGAAUGGGCUUGGGUUUUAUUGGUACAAUAUUGAUCGUAUUUUUUUAUGUCAUUCAUAUUUUUGGUGACAUUUGGAUUCGUGGUUUUAUUGCUGGUAUCCAAGAAAUGACACUUGCAACAAUAUUUUCGAAAUGGUUUUGGACAGUUGGAAAAAGUGAUUUGUCAAUAUUUAAUAUUUCUAGUAGCAUCAUAAAAACAGUGAGAUAUCACCUGGGAACAGCAGCAUUAGGAUCAAUACUUCAAAUAAUAAUUGGACUAUUUAAAUUAAUAAUUCAAAUCCUUGAACUGUUAUCUAAAACUUUUGAAUUUUUUUUCAAGCAUCCAAUUUUUAAUGAACAACAUAGACAGUAUUUUAAGAAGUGUGUUAAUUUUGUAAAUCAUAAUGGAUACAUAUUUUGUGCGAUUCAUGAACAAGCUUUGUGGAAAUCAGCAGACAAUGUAUACAGUCUUGUUCAGAGAAAUAAUUCUCGAGUUAUAAUAUUGAAUGGAGUUGUUAAAAUGGUAUUACUAGCUGGAAGAUUUUUCAUUGUUUGUACUGUAACAUUACUAGCAUAUUGGAAUUUUACUAGUACAAAUGAUGACGAUUAUUAUUGGGUUCCUGUAUUACUUGUGUCUGUUGGAUCAUUGUCGACAAGUGAAAUUUUUUUAAAUGUUUAUAUUACAGCAAUUGAUACAAUGUUUAUUUGUUUUUUAGAAAAUUUAGAAAAAGAUGAUAAAUCAGAAAACGAUAAUUUGUAUAUGAAUUCAAAAAUUACUCAAUUAUUUAGUCAAAAAUUAGACUCUUCUGUUCAAUAAAUGAAUGUUUUUCUUUUACAUUAUUAUGUUUUUUUUAAUGUAGUUAUUUUUUAUUGUUGUAAUGUUCAUUGGAGCAUGAAAAAUAACAACAAGAUUUACUAUAAUAACGGAAAUAUCAACUGAAACUUGGAGUUAAAGUUGAAUUUUCAAUUUCCAUCGUCUUAGCAUUCAUCGAGUGUAAGUUGGCUCGAUUUACAAAGCAUAGAAUACAUAUAAUAGACAUUGGUUUGUAGGAAGUAACAUCAAGGAUCAAACCGGUAACGGAACCGUCUAUAAUUCAAACAUGAUUCGAUUUACCACUGACAUAAAUGUCAGCUAAAGUUGUCCUGCUCAAUGGCUAAGUAGGUUAUAGUGUCAUCGAUUUGAUGUGUAUAUAUAUUAAUGGGUUUUAAAAUAAAAAAAAAAAUAAUAUACACU